UUCUCCAAACAAUCCCUUCUGUAAAUCUUUGUUCAUGAAGUGUAACUGGGCUGGGCUAUGUCUCAGCUCCCAGCCCUUUUCCUGUGGGUGGGGAGGAGGGAGAGAGUGCUUAGCUGACCUCGCUGUUCUUGCCCAUACAGGUGUGCAUAAAUUGAAGGAAUGCCAGACUGAGUGACAGGCGCCUCCCCUUACCCUCUACCUGAGCUGGAAUAAAACUGUCCCUUUCUGGAAAAGGGAUCCCACUACAGCUAUCCUCACCCUCUCUCCUCCUCCCCUUACACCCCUGGUGAGAGAGACAGACAGAGGGAAUCAUUUCUAAGAGAAAGAGGAGGAAGAGAAGUCAAUAUUUGAUCAGAGGGGACAGAGAUCCCUGCAAAGGUAUGUCAAGUUCAUGAGCUGCCUGCCCACCCUGAGGAUUUAAACUUGGCAACUGAAUGGAAAAGAGAGAAAGGGGAUCAAAAAAUAAAAUAAACAGGCUAAGUGUGGACGUCUGCUGGUGGCAGUGAAGCAGUGAAAUUCCCCUUUUGCCUUCAAAAGAAUUUCUUGGCUUGCUGUGUGGGUGACUGCUAUUUGGAUUGUUGCAGAGUAUUUGGACUUUGAAUCAGACACAGCACUAAUGAGGAGGAAGAGGAUGGACAUGCUGCUCAAAAGGGCAUUGGCCGGGCUGCUCCUGUUGGUCAUGGUCUGUGACGUAUGCUUGUGCCAAAAGAACAGAAUUAAUCGCUGCGUGGCCUCCAGAGCAAGAAGCUGCACGGAGUGUAUCCGAGUGAGCAAGGACUGCUCCUACUGCACGGACGAAACUUUCAAAGAAUCCCGAUGUGACCUGAGAGAGAACCUGGUGAGCUAUGGCUGCAUCCGGGCCAGCAUUGUGUACGUGAGAGGAGAGAUGCUGGUGCAGAAGAAUGUUAGCAUUGACAUGUCUCUGAAGAAAACCCAGGUGUCCCCACAGCAGAUGAUCAUGCGGCUGAGAGCUGGUGAGGAGGCCAGCUUCAACAUGGACGUCUUCCAGCCCCUUGAGAGCCCUGUGGAUCUCUAUAUCCUUAUGGACUUCUCCUACUCCAUGUCUGACGACUUGAGCAACCUCAAAAAGAUGGGCCAGAAGCUAGCGGAAUUCCUGCAAACCCUGACCUCCAAUUACACCAUUGGAUUUGGCAAGUUUGUGGACAAAGUCUCGGCUCCACAAACAGACAUGAGACCUGAGAAGCUGCGAGAGCCCUGGAGGGAUGCCGACUCGCCCUUCUCCUUCAAAAAUGUCAUCCGCCUGACCAGCAACAUCAAUCAUUUCAGCCAGAAGCUGAGGAAAGAGCGCAUCUCGGGCAACCUGGACGCCCCGGAGGGGGGCUUUGAUGCCAUCCUACAGACGGCUGUUUGUAAGGAGAAGAUCGGCUGGAGGAAUGACAGCACGCACCUGCUGCUGUUCUCCACCGAGUCUGCCUUCCACUAUGAAGCUGAUGGCACCAACGUCCUGUCAGGGAUCCUGCCGAGGAAUGAUGAGCAGUGUCACCUGAACGGAGUGGGCACCUAUACCUUCGACACCAGGCAGGACUACCCCUCCGUGCCCACCCUGGUGCGCCUGCUGGGCCAGCACAACAUCAUCCCAAUCUUCGCCGUCACCAACCACUCCUACAGCUACUAUGAGAAGCUGCACAAGUAUUUCCCCAUCUCGGAAAUUGGGGUGCUGCAGGAAGACUCCUCCAAUAUUGUGGAGCUGAUUCGCGUGGCUUUCGAGCGUAUCCGUUCCAAGAUGGACAUCCGGGCAGACUCAGUCCCUAAGUCCAUGAAGACAGAAUUUACCUCCUUGAAAUAUGUAAAGACAGAGUCUGGCUCGUUCCAGGUCACCCGCGGGGAAGUGGGCAACUUCAUGGUGCGCGUGAAAGCUCAUGAGUACGUGGGCGGGGAGCACGUCUGCAACCUCCCCAAGAAAGAGCAGCACGGGGUAAUUCACGUGAAACCCUCCUCUUUGAGUGACAGUCUGAAAAUCACCGCCUCCGUCAUCUGCGACGUCUGCCCCUGCGAGCAGCAAAAGAUCGUUGGUUCAUCCAGGUGCAGUUUCAAAGGGGACUUUGUCUGUGGGCAGUGCGUCUGCUAUCCAGGCUGGCGAGGGGACGCGUGUAACUGUUCCACAGCCUCUUCCAGUGAUAACCAGGCCUGCAUCCGCCCUGGAGACUCAGAGCCUUGCUCGGGGCGGGGCGAGUGCCUCUGCGGGAAAUGCCAGUGCUAUUCUGAGGACCUGACCCAGCGCUACGAGGGUGACUUCUGCCAGUUCGACAACUUCCAGUGCCCACGCACCUCCGGCUUCCUCUGCAAUGAUCGUGGUCGCUGCUACAUGGGUCAGUGUGCAUGUGAAAGUGGCUGGGGGGGCCCUGGCUGUGAAUGCCCCACAAGCAAUGACACCUGCAUCGACAGCAAAGGGGGGAUCUGCAAUGGCCAUGGGAGAUGCGAAUGCGGCAGGUGCAUCUGCGACAAGUCUUCUCCGUACACGGAUCUCACCUGUGAAAUCAACUACUCCCUGGUCGUGCUGGGGGUGUGCGAAGACAUUCGAAGCUGCGUCCAGUGCCAGGCCUGGGGGACCGGGGAGAAGAAGGGGCAGAAAUGCAAGGACUGCCCUUUCAAGAUCCAGAUGGUGGAUGAACUGCAAAAAGUGAAGGAGGUGAAUGAGUACUGCUCGUUCCAGGACGAGGAGGACGACUGCACCUACCGCUACACCCUGGAAGGGGAUCCCAGCACACUGCACAACAACACCAUCCUGGUGCAGAAGAAGAAAGAGUGCCCACCAGGAAGCUUCCUCUGGCUCAUCCCCCUGCUCAUUUUCCUGAUGUUACUCCUGGGGUUGCUGCUGCUGCUCUGCUGGAAGUACUGCACUUGUUGCAAGGCUUGCCUGGCCCUGCUGCCCUGCUGUGCACGAGGCCGCACAGUCGGGUUCAAAGAGGAUCACUACAUGCUGCGGCAGAGCCUCAUGGCUUCGGACCACCUGGACACCCCCAUGGUGCGCAGCGGCUCCCUAAAGGGCAGAGACACCGUCUGCUGGAAGAUCAACAACAACGUCCACAAGCCAGGCUUCUCCUCCCACGCCGCCGCAAACCCCAAGGAGCUGAUUCCUUAUGGCAUCUCAUUGAGACUGGCCCGGCUUUUCACCCAGAACCUCAUGAAACCAGACACCCGGGAAUGUGAGCAUCUGCGCAAGGAGGUGGAGGAGAACCUGAACGAUGUUUACAAGCACGUUUCUGGUGCCCACAAACUCCAGCAGACCAAGUUCAGGUUGCAGCCCAAUGCUGGGAAAAGGCAGGACCACACAAUUGUGGACACAGUGCUCACUGCUCCCCUUUCGGCCAAGAUGGAGAUCGUGAAAGUGACGGCGAAACAUGUCUCUCAGGAAGCUUUCAAUGAGCUGAAGGUGACGCCGGGUUACUAUACCGUGACCUCUGACCAAGAUGCCCACGGGAUGGUGGAGUUCCAGGAAGGUGUGGAGCUGGUGGACGUCCGGGUCCCACUCUUCAUCAGGGAGGAAGACGACGAUGAGAAGCAGUUGCAGGUGGAGGCAGUUGAGGUCCCCAUGGGGACAGCAGCGAUUGGACGCAGGCUCGUCAAUAUCACCAUAAUCAAAGAGCAAGCCAGCAGCAUCAUCACCUUUCUGCAGCCAGCCUACUCUCACAGCCGCUUCGACCAGGUGGCCAGAAUCCCUGUGCGUCGGGAGAUCGUGGAAAACGGAAAGUCCCAGAUCACCUACAGAACUCGUGAUCUCACCGCCAAGGAUGGCAAGGACUACAUGUUCGUGGAGGGCGACUUGGUCUUCCAGCCUGGGGAGAUGCAGAAGGAGGUGCAGGUGGCGCUGCUGGAGCUGACCGAGAUAGAUGCCCUUCUGCAGAACCGCCAGCUCAAACAGUUUGCUGUGGAUCUGCUCAACCCCAAGUACGGCACCAAGAUCGGCAAAUACCCGCAGACCACGGUGACCAUCACCGACCCAGAGGUUGUAGAUGACAUACAGAUCCCAAUUGGCCUGGGCCAGUUCCCUCAGUCUCCCAGAGGCAAGCUGGGUGUACCGCUCAAUCCAAACGCCCAAACUCUAAGCUCCAGGAAAAUCCGUUUCAACUGGUUACCACCGCCUGGCAAACCCAUAGGGUACAAGGUGAAGUACUGGAUCCAAGGGGACCCUGAGUCAGAGGCCAGGCUGAUCAAUUCCACAGUGCCAUCAGCAGAGCUUAAUAACCUAUACCCCUACUGCGACUAUGAGAUGCAGGUCUGUGCCUACAACAGCAUGGGCGAGGGGCCCUACUCGGAUGUCACCCACUGCCGCACCCUGGAGGACGUUCCCAGUGAACCUGGGCGUCUGGCUUUCAACGUCGUCUCUUCCACUGUGACGCAGCUGAGCUGGGCUGAGCCUGCUGAGACCAACGGGGAGAUCACGGCCUAUGAAGUCAGCUACGGACUUGUCAAUGAGGACAAUGUUCCCUUUGGGCCCAUGAAGAAAGUUCUGGUUGAGGAGCCGAAGAAGCGCAUGGUUCUGAUUGAAAACCUGCGGGAGUCACAGCCGUACCGCUACACGGUGAAGGCCAAGAAUGGAGCCGGCUGGGGGCCUGAGCGAGAAGCUACAAUCAACCUCGCCACACAGCCCAGACGCCCAAUGUCCAUUCCCAUCAUCCCCGACAUCCCAAUCAUUGAUGCCGAGGGCGGUGAAGACUACGACAGCUACUUGAUGUACAGCGCGGACGUGAUGCGCUCCCCGUCCGGCAGCAAGCACCCCAGCGUCUCCGACGACUCCGGCUCCAGGUGGAAAUAUGUGCAGCUGCUGGGGGAGGACUUGGACCUUCGCCGCAUCACCUGGAGGCUCCCAGCUGAAAUGAUCCCCCGCCUCUCUAGCAGCAGCUGCUUCUCCUCCGACACCGAGGGCCUCCUCCACGAGGAUGGCCCCCACUCUGAGCCGUUGGACAGCGACACAGCCAGCGGCAGCCUGAUGAGGAGCGGGACGCCCCGGCCCCAACCAGAGCAUCUGCUGAAUGGCCGGAUGGAUUUCACCUUCCCCGGCACUGGGGGCACCCUGAACAGGACCUUGAAUGCCAACUACAACCAGCUGACCUCACACGUACACCAGGAGAGGAGGCUGAUGGGCAGCUCAUCUCUGACCAGAGAUUACAGCACAAUGACCUCAGGAUAUGACCAGCCAGGGAGGAUUCUCCCUUCCCUACGUGAAGAUGCUGGCAGGAUGGCCCUGCUGCCCCAGGACGUAGGUGUCAGCAGCAGGGCAAAGGUGAAGGGUUCCUACGCCAGCAAUGGCUUUCGGGAUUCUAUAAUCAUGACUGAUGGGCCCACUGGGAUUGCCAAGUAUAUAGAUUCCAGGAUGGCCCUGGGCGUCCCCGACACUCCCACCCGCCUGGUGUUCUCUGCGCUGGGGCCCACCUCCCUGAAAGUCAGCUGGCAGGAGCCGCAGUGUGAGAAAGCGGUGCAAGGAUACAGCGUGCAGUACCAGCUCCUCAGUGGAGGAGAAGUGCACAGACUGAGCAUCCCGAACCCCACUCACAACUCGGUGGUGGUGGACAACCUGCUGCCAAACCACUCCUACAUAUUCAAGGUGAAGGCCCAAAGCGAGGAGGGUUGGGGCCCUGAGAGAGAGGGCGUCAUCACCAUUGAGUCCCAGGUGGAUCCGCAGAGCCCGCUGAGUCCUGUACCAGGUUCACCGUUUACACUGAGCACCCCCAGUGCGCCGGGACCCCUGGUGUUCACUGCCCUGAGCCCGGAGUCACUUCAGCUCAGCUGGGAGAGACCCCGCAAGCCCAAUGGGGCCAUUCUGGGCUACAUGGUCACCUGCGAGAUGCUGCACGGAGGAGGGGAACCCAGGAAUAUCUAUGUGGAGGGGGACAACCCAGAAACCUCCUUGACAGUGCCCUACCUGAGCGAGAACAUCCCCUACAAGUUCAAAGUGCAAGCCAAGACCACGCAAGGGUUUGGGCCAGAGAGAGAGGGCAUCAUCACCAUUGAGUCUCAAGAUGGAGGAGCUUUCUCACAGUUCGGAGGGCAGCAAUACAUGAGAGAGGAAGUGUACAACCUCCCCGUGGAAUAUAACACCAACACCACCAUCAGCCACUCCUCUCUGGAGCCCUACUACACGGAUGGCAUGUUGAUGACCACCCAGCGGGUGGAGAGCAGUGGCACCCUCACCAAGCAGGUCACCAAAGAGUUUGUCAGCAGGACCAUGAUGUCCAGCGGAACACUCACCAAACAGAUGGAGAGAGAGUUCUUCGAAGCCUGAGCCGGGGAGAGACUGCCAAAGGGGUGUGCGUGUUCAGACUGCAGAGCAGGCUCAUGCUCUGGUCAGCUGCCAGGCUCUGGACCGCCGUGCCCACCCAAUCUCACCUGGGCAUAGAACUGCAGUGGCACUUGACACUCCUUGGAAGCCCACCGCUGUGGAGGCGGCAAGUCAGCGGAUGGGGUGGCAAGUGUGUGAUUGGCAUUUGGAGCUCUCCAUUUCUGGGCUGUCCGGCCGAGGAUCUCCACUGAGUGAUCUGUCGCAGAGGCUUCUCAGUGCAGGGUCAUUGGCCAGCCGUUUGUGGAGUCCCGUGUAGUAUAAUCCUUACCUGCUGACUGUGUGUGUAUGUGCUGCCUACCCACUCUCACACCGCUGGCCUCCUGCUGGGAGUUUGACUGCACUGGGCUUUCGUUUGUAUUUAAAUGUCCCUCUCCCCCUCUGCCUUGUGCGCGACCUGUUAUGCAGGGUCAUUUUUAUUUUCCCAACCUGCUGGCUCAGCCCUGUUCUCCCCCUGUUCAUUUCACCAGUGGGAGGCAACUCCACCGUGGUCUGCAAAAGUGCACAGUUCUAUUGUUUAUAAGCCCGUGUUGCAAUGUAGAUGGUCAGGGUAAUCACUGCAUUCCUACCGCACCUGUUUGUGUAAAGCCCCCUGCUGCUAAUGUGUGGUACUGCAGUAACAAAUGAUAGCCUUAAUUUGCAUAGCAUUACCCACAAUGCUCUCAUGCAAUUUUGCUUAACUCUUGUACAGUUUUCCUCGUAUAUAUAAAUAUAUUUUAUUAUUUUAUAAAGAAACCUAGGAUCUACAAUGAGCAUUAAGGACACACAGCUUUUGGGAAACAUUUAUAAUAGCAGGUUUCAGAGUAACAGCCGUGUUAGUCUGUAUUCGCAAAAAGAGAGGGAGUACUUGUGGCACCUUAGGAUGCAUCCGAUGAAGUGAGCUGUAGCUCACGAAAGCUUAUGCUCAAAUAAAUUGGUUAGUCUCUAAGGUGCCACAAGUCCUCCUUUUCUAUUUAUAAUAGCAGAGACUGGUUAAGGAACCUGAUUCAAAGCCAGUGGGAAAACGCCCAGUGACUUCAAUGGGCUUUAGAUCAGUACUUAAAUCCUCCACGGUUGAUUUCUGCAGUACAGCAACCCAACCCCCUACAGCAUCCCAGAUCAAGGAGCUUGUGUACUGCAAAGCACACAACAGUCCAGUCUUACUGUAGCUACAGCGUACUCUUGGGCAAAGGCCAAGUAAAGCCUGGAGGACUACAAGGGAAGAAUCAGAAUUGCUAGUUCAGUGGCAUAGGAUCGGAAGACAUGCACUAUAAAUGGGUAAUAUUUUUGUUUUCUUGAAAGACCAAGUUGGUCAUAAACCUAAGACCUAAAAUCCUUAUUGGUAUCACUUUUCCCACACUGGAGCUUAGGCAGAUACCGUUGCGUGACUUGUAAAGGCAUUUGAUCCCCUGCCCAAUGCAGAGUAUUACAUUCUACUGUCAUCCAGUAAAUACAAGAUGAUGGCAGAGAGAGAAGUGGGGGCGGACAGUCUCUCUCCUUUAGAGUGGAUGAACCGAAACCUCAGCCACAUCGUUCUUUCCCCAGCAUCAGCCAUUCCCAGACCACAUCGUGGUAGAGAGCUGUGCUGGAACCCUGCCAUGCCUAGUUACCGCUUGUGGCAAGGCUGCGGCUGCGUGAGCCUAGUAGCUCCCACGGUCCUGCUACCCACGGCUGAGGGGCUGUCGUGUGUCUGGCCAUUAUCCAGUGAUCCUUUAUUGGCGUUAUUGCUGUGUGUCUAGCUCCUGGGUCGAUGAGGUAUCCUAGCAGCUUGCCAUACCCUUUGCUGAGUUCCCUCCCUGCUACUUCCCAACCCAGUGGUGAUAGAACCUCUGAAUGUUCACUUUCCCUAGGGCAUUCGUGGCAAUGCUGGGACGAGCUUCUCCUUUCUGUCCCACACGCCUCUGCAAACACUGCAGUGAAGCACUAAGUUCUGCCAGUGGGGUGACUCGUUUGUACGUUUCACUGCCCAACCCUCUCCCCGAUGGGUGUCUCUGAAGCAAGCGUUUCUGAUCAUAAUGGAUCAUACUAACCACAGGGCCUGUGCGCUCAGUUCCGUAGUGUCACAUCCAACACCAGCUAUGCCAAUGUUUAAGAUGGUUAUUAACCUAAAUCCUUAAGGGAAGAUUUGCAAAGGCCCAGAGGGCAGUUAAGUACCCAACUCCCAUGGGAAGUCAGUGGGAAUUGGACACCUACCUCCUCUUUACACCUUUGAAAAUCUCUCCCUAAGCCCCUCCAGGCCACUACACGGCAUAAGCUGGCUGAACAAGAGCUGAGGCAGCAUGGGCCAAAAGCUAGAGCUGUGGAUUGGGAGGCAAAACCCCUGACUCAUUCCCUGAGCUUUGGCAAGACACUUAACAUGCUGGUACCUUGUGGCAUAUCUGUCAGAGGGGGAUGCUAGGGCUCAACUUUGAAAUCUACCAACGAGAAAUGCUCUUGAAUUGCUCCUUGUUUUACAUUUGGCUCUGAAGGGGUCUGAACGUGGACUGGUUCAACUUCACCCUCAGCCAAAUAGCAUGGGAGCUGCUCAUGAGAAUUUGGGAAACUGUUUCUAGUAAGAAUGGCAGCUCCCACCUUUCAUGGGUAAAGCCAGUUUUCAAAGGCCGUGGAACAAAAACAAUAGCUGCCCUUAUUCCCUGGAGGUGUCGUUUGUUUUAUUUAAGCAGACUAUGGAACUUCUCUGCCUUUCCUUGAGAACCAGGGAGAGCUCACAGUACAGACCAUUUCAAGGGCUCAGUCUUGCACCUGCUUCAAUGGGAAUUUUGCCACUGAUUUCCCUGUGAGCCAGACCUGUGUGUGUGGGGGUGAGAGAGAGAUACACACAUUGUCCCCAUUGUGCAUGACCAUCCUGUCCUAAACUUAGGUGGGACCUGGGGCUAGUUUAGUUUUUGAUCUAAAUACAAGAAGCCCGGUCUGUUAGAAAUGAACCAAAUGUGAUUUUAUAUAGCCCAUUAGAAAUAAUUUAGUUACUGAAUGAAUGUCCAGUUGGCAGUUGCCUUAUAUUUCAGUUCCUGGCAUGGAAGGAAGUAUUUUCAGCUAAAGUGGCAUUUCACCAAAGCCACGCCAUGUUGCACUGUAGCCUCCCUUUGCUGUGCAUCACAGUGCUUUGUACUGUAGUUAUAACACACUGAUUCACUGCCUCAAGAGAGUUCACAUAAUAAUUGUAACCAAAGAGUUAAUUAAGUUAUCUGGGGCAGAAUGCAGCCUGUUAGCUGAUCCGAAUUCUAACAACCUGCCCUUUUAAAAAGGUUUGUACAGAAGAGCCACAAUAGAACAUAACCACUUUUUUGUAGCUUUCAUCAGAUAAGGACAAUUGUCGGCAUAUGAAUACUUCUGGUGUGUACCAAGGAAGAGUCUGUCUACAGGUGUUCUGGACCACAUGGCUUUAUAUUGCACUUAAUAAACAAGUUUCUCUCUAG